GGGAAACAAGCCCCUCCUUUCUGUGUGUCUGGCUGACAGGCGGCUCCACCGAGUCUGCCCCGCGCCGUCGCGGAGGCUCGAGGGGGAGCGCGGAACAGAUCGGGGUCCGGCCCUGGCCUUUGUGGGGACGGAGCACUGCGCUGUCCGGAGCUUUGAGAGAAGACAGCAAUGGAACGAUUUGAUGUGAAACCACCUCCUUCCCGGAGUCGUUCCAAGACCGCUUUGUAUGUGACUCCGCAGGAUCGUGUAACUGAGUUUGGCAGUGAACUGUACGAAGAUGGAGGGAAACUGUAUUGCACUUUUUGCAACGUGGUGCUAAAUCAUGUUCGCAAGUCUGCAAUCAAUGACCAUCUCAAAUCCAAAACUCACACCAAGCGCAAAGGGGAGUUUGAAGAGCAAAGUGUCAGGAAGAAACCACGGACUCUGACUGCCUCUCUGCAGUGCAAUAGCACAGCCCAGACAGAAAAACCCGGUGUCAUCCAGGACUUUGUAAAAAUGUUUCUGGAAGCUAGCAUUCCUCUUGAGAAGGCUGACCAUCCAGCUGUGCGAGCAUUCCUCUCUCGACAUGUGAAGAACGGGAACUCCAUACCCAAGUCAGACCAGCUAAGGAAAGCCUACUUGCCCGAUGGGUAUACAAAUCAACUUCUCAAAUCUGAAGACCACUGAAGGGAAGACUACUUUGUUGUGGAUGUGGAGUAUUAAAGUUUCAUAGCAGUGGUGUGGCUUAUUUUUAUAUUCAUGCACAUGCAAUGUUAUGUCAUGGGUUUUGUAUAGUAGAAAUGACAAUCUGUUACAGAAUGCAGUGAUGUAAGAAAACAACCACCUCAGUUUGGAUCUAUAAUGCUGUUGAAAUUCAUGGACUUUGGAAUGGUAGUAAGGUGCCCUAUUGCUGAGUAACAGUGCAGAGUUACAGCCUUGAGUCCACUGAAGUCAAUGCAAUGGGUUUAGAAAGGUGUAAUUCUGAAUUGCAGGGCCCAUCCCACGUUACAUGAUAACUGAAAGGAACACACUAGGCACGUUCAUAAAGUGGUCUAAUUUUUUACUCUAAUCCCAAAUAUGUAUGUAUAUAUGUCUAUUUAUUAGGCCUAUAUCCUCAGUAUAAACAUAACUCCAUUAUAAAUAUAUUUAGGGGUGCUGCAUUAAUCCAGCCACUUUGGUGUCCAUCACUGACUCCACUUCCCCUAGUACAAACAGUUACCGAAAAUCAAUCUUUUGCUGACUGUGUUUGAUUCACUUUAUCUGCAGGAAAAAGAAUUUAUUGGUCAUUACUACAAACACUUGUAUGGCUAAUGAAAGGUACAGGAAAGGGGAUGUGAAACUAAAGUACAGCAUCACCAUUUGGAUGGGCAUUUAGCUUGAAUCCUGUUGAACAUGUUUAAGUGAGUAUCCAAUUUAUACCCACAGUUCCUAAAAGCAAUUGAGACAGUUUGUGGAGUGUCUAUGAAUAUGAGCUAAUGGAGCUGAAAAGUAGGAAAUCACAGUAACAAAGGGACAAAUUUAAUAGAUCUUGCCAACAUAGAGUUAUGCAGUCAAUUGCCUGUAGAUGGCAGUGUUUUGCAAAUAAUUCUUCUACAGAGCUUUUUCAUGUAAACCUGAGUAUGCAUACCCAUUGAAAUCAGUGGAAUGUACUCCCCAGUAAGUGCAUUUAGGAUUACAGCCAUCAUCUUACACUUAUUUCUCUGUCUCCCCAAGUUCAACUCAUAACUCUCAGAUAACUUUGGAUGUGUGACCUAUCGGAAUACCUAAUUUUCUUGAACAUUUCUUAGUUUGUAAUAUUAUUUUUCAGCAUGAAACAGAUUUCCCCCCCCUGUAGUAUAUAACGUAUUCCAGGGAGAAGAGCAGUUUUGCUGCUGGCUGGGUAAGCUAUAAAUAUUAUGACCAUAUUGUUGUGUAAACAGAAUGGGUAUGAUCCAGCUAAAGUAGGACCUUUUUAAGGUUCCCAUUGAUUUGAUUAAGAAAAUUAAUGCAUGGGUGGAAUAAAUGGGGCUUAGAAAGUGCUUAGUUUUGACUGGAUUGUGUUCAAGACAUUUUUUAAAAAAUCUCAGAAAACUUAUUGGAAUUACAAGGGAAAAAUAGGGCUUUUUGUUGUUUGCUUUUG